AUGCCACUUUCUAAAGAAGCUUUCGACAGCUUUGUGUCGCAGAAUGGGCACAACUUUCCGUACAACUGUGUGAAAAGGACUCGGAGUUCUUUCAUCACCAAAUGGGUCUUCUUCAAUGGUCGUGGUCGUGGUGAUGACGCUCUCUUCAGGCCAACAUCGGUCUAUGCUUUGCCGGCCUCUUGUGUCAGUCUGAAACAGCUUCAAGAGCUGAUCGUUAGCAAAGUUGCCGUUCCUUUUCCACCUGAGCAUUGCGAGGUCAUGGAUUGCAUGUUCUGGUGGGGAGCAUGCAUGGACAAUGGAUGGUACCAGCAGGUCCUGGGGUUCAUUGCGUUUGACUUGAAGCCACGUGGUUACCAGGCAGGAGAAUCGACUCGCUCUAGUCUAUUCCACUAUUGCAUUUAUAUGCUCAUGCGAAAGAAAGCUUUUCCGUGUCAUAAUACAGACGCUUUGUUGGCUCACUGGAACAAGCUCUACUAUGAUUAUAUCUAUCGGUCCACAGGCAGCUUCUUUUCUGCUGCCACUGAAAGUAUUCGUGUCAUGGAAUAUGCCAUCAUGUGGGGCAUAAAUGCUCCUUUUCCUACUGCGUCGGAUAGUGACAAUGAAGGGGGUGAGAGUCUUCCAGAUACAGUUGUGUCAGCGGACGAGUGA